AUGAGCGAUGAGGAAUGGGCCAAGUCCCUGGCUACAUUCCAAGGCGUGGUCGACAACGAGGCAUCCGAUGACCGUUCCAUACAACUGGCAUGGGACACAUUGCGACGGGACUAUAAGAAUAAAUUCAACGCGAAGGUGUCCGCUCACUCAAGCCAACAGAAUGAGGAACCUUUUGGUAUCUGGGCUGCAGAGAAGUUGAGUGAACAGACUCUCGAGCGAGUCCUCUGUCUGGUAUUCCGCAAAGACCUGGCCGAGUGCGACCACAUGUCUCUUCUCAGGAGUACUGCUGCCAAAGCGAACACGACAGUAUGGCAUAUGCUGCUCUACUUUGGCGCAUCCAUGUUCUCCGAAUCCAUGCUCAGCAAGGUCAGGAAACGACUGCGCGUGUUUGAGCUAGACCCAGUCACCGGAGCGUCAAACUUCAAGAGCGCAUACCUGAAGGCGCUCCAGGCCGCAGCGAAACGUACUAAGGUGGUGCUGGAUACAACCUCAGUAGCUGCUACGAAUGCGGUUCGGGUCUUUAUCAGUACUGACUUGGCUGCAAUGGCCUCUGCUAACCCCGAGUUUGAUCCUCCUGCGCGGAAGACCGGCGGCGCCACUGGCAGCUCGCAGGCCCAGGGGCAAGGAGCGAGUCACUCUGUCGCCGACACAACCCGAAACAUGUCCAAACCAAGAGGCACAGAGACACAGAAAACAAAGAAUCCAGAAGGCAGUGCGAGUACCCAGGGACGGGAGGAUGGCUUGCAUCUUGCCACCGCAGACGGCGAGACUAUCAAACCAUCAAUCGAGUCUAACAUACCAGAUCGUCAACCUGACCGUGCUGCGCAAUUUCCCACGGCACCACGUCUCCUUCGCUCCGAGUCUGAAGGUCGGCGCAGCCACCUCCCCUCAGUCGCUCCGAUGACCAGACCGGACAGACACAGAGGCACUAGCACUCGUCGGAACCCGCCACGUAAGGGCAGGCCGGGUCCAAUGUACGUUGGGGUCGCCCCAACUGAUACUGGCGAGGCCCCGAUCAGAAAUGGUGAGACUGCCGUCGACCUCGAGAUCAAGGCCGAAUCUUCUUCGGUUUCGGCGACCAACAGGUCCACGGGUGAGGAGCCACCGACCAGAGUAGGGUCUACCAUCCACUGCGCUCCAGACAUGCUUCAAGCCACGUCGAAGCGGCCCCUCACGGUGCAGGACAGUGAGCCUGCUACGCCCAAAAAAGACGGAACAAAGCGCCCGAAACAGACUCUUACGCGCAGUGAUCUCCUGGACUGCGGAGGGGACUGGGAUGAUGAGACGGUGCUCACCAUCCUCAAACAGCUCGAGUCCACGUGCCAUGCUGAGUAUCUUGUGGUCGAUGGUAUGAGUGACGACGACAAUCUUAGCACGCGGAACCAACUUACCGGAGAAGCUGGGACGAGGGGCUCUCUUCUUAUCCCCUUGAAACUUGCGGCUGGACAGCGGUUACUGGUGGUCGUGGAACUCAACCCUCCAGGCAAGCCAGGCAGAGGCGUUUUGCGAUACUACGAUCCCUGCGGCCCGCCAGAUGAGGAUGCAGUAACCGAGUACGCCCCAGCAGUGAAGCUCGCACAGCUAUUAUUCCAUGUGCUUCCCGACCGGGAUCUCAACAGGGCCCUGUGGAAAUCGGAAUACUGCGUCUGCCCUGAGCUCUCCUGCGAACAAGACAGUGGUCUGUCGAUAUGCCUCGGAGCCAUGUACGCAGUCGGUGGCCGCCCGCUCCCCGAGAUAGUGGACUGGUUGUUCUGGAGACACCUCGUGCUUGGCGCAUUCUUUUCGGAUGAUGCAGCCGUGCAGCUGCGGAUCGCGCGCUACCGGGGCGAAACAGUCCACAAGCUCAUCCGCCAGGGCCAGAUGUCAGAUGGCGCACUGGUGCCCCAGGGGAGGCGGGUCUCGUCAGACAUCGAGUACCUGGGCACCGCAGCCAUGAACCCCGUCGACCGUAUCGAGUGCCGCGCCGACAACGCAAAGAAGACCAUCGAGGUCAUUCACGAGGGCUGCAGGAUCUUUCAUGGCCUCCAGGAGAAGGUGGACACGGCGAAGGCCGAUCUCAAGACUAGGCUCGACAAGAGCACAUACAUUCGUGACAGCCUGCGCCGCAAGCUCAACGUCGGCGACCAGAUUGUACUCGGCGCACCGCCUACAAAGGUUGAGCAGGAUGAUGAGACCGCCGAGGCCUUUGACAGAAUGACUCUGCAGCAGGCCAUCGAAGAACACGGUCUUUGCAAGGCUCGUCUUGACGGACUUUCGGCCAGCAGCGAAUCCGUCCGCCAGGCUCUGCACGAGCUUGGAAUUUGGCGCCGUGACGUGAACGCGGCCGUCCUGGAAGACGAUGCAAGUAUCUUGAACAAAGGGGCCAACUAA